CCGACAUGUCUGAGAGGUACCAGUCCAGACGGAGCAGCGCCAGCCAGAGCACAUACCAUGAAACAGGAGCGCAGAACUACAAUCCCUCAAGAGACAUUCUCGUCGAUUCGGUGGUGGACGUAAUCAACAGCCCCGCGGACCAGCAUCCGACCAGUGUCGAGUUCUUGUACCUUCCAUCGGGUGAAAUCUUGGCCAAGCCGAGCCAUACGACAAAUGCAGUGAUGCCACCAGCGAUGAUGCAGAUCGAUAUGCUUUCGCCUUCCGCAAGAUAUGACAACUCAAAUUUCCCAAGGCCUCCAUCGACGACAGCUUCAACUAUGUCUCUGAGGGAACAGGCCUUGUCCUCGCCGGCGUCACACAACCAAAAAAAGUACACCCGUAAUCGCGCCCAAUUUGUGGACACAGCGACACCUCCUGGCCAUAAUACGUAUCAGCAACGUAUCUUGGAGCUGGAGGCAUUGCUCCAGAACGAGAAGAAACGUUCGUUGGACAAAAUGAGACUGCUCCUCGACGAACAGGAUAAGGUGCACGACCUUCAGACACGGUUUGCGUCAUUGCAGUCGAAGGUCAAGUCGAUGGAAAGCACCAUCUCUCGCCAUGACGCGACGACGCGCGAUCUCGAAGCGAGUCUUGCAGCAGCGAACGCCCGGCACGCAACUGUCGUAGUCGAGUUGGCAGAAAAGACCAACGAAGUCGACAGGCUCACGCAUGAAGCAGAGAUCCACAAAUCCGAUAUGGCGAAAAUUCUUGCGCACGCACCACCGCCAGUAUCCCCAGCAAGGCCAAAGCUGAACCUUGUUACAUCUUCCACGCAGACUCCGCCUGCGCCAAUGGCGACUCCCAUGCAACCGGCAGACACUCGAAUCGACUCUGAGGCUCCGUCACAAAGUUUUAGUCGGCACGACGUGGCGACAAAUUACGAGGCUACUGGCACAAACAUCGCUACGUCAACUUCAACCGCAGCUACACAAUCAUCGUCGAUGGAUACCGUCCUGGAUGCGAUCCGGGCGUGGAAAGAGAUGGCAGAUGCCUGGUGUCGCAAGUCGUCGUUGUCGUCCCUCGAUUCCUUGCUUCUCGACUUCCCAACGCUUCCCGAUCGCGCCACUCCAUCUUCUACUCCGCCGCCAUCGCCGACGAAAGAUGCCAACGCGACUGUCAUUGCCAUGCUCAAGCGCCGCCUCGCACUCGUCGACAAGGAGUACCGCCACACACACAGCAAGUACAUUGAGCUCAAGGAGCUUUGCGCCCGUCAAUGCGUCCGCGAAGCCGAUCUACAGAACUUUGUGAACGAACAUCGAUUGCGAGGCCAGUGCAAUUUGCGGCUACCGUCGACACAAUCGACGGUGUCCCCAUCUCUGUCUUUCGCAUCGAGGCAGGAAGGUGGCGAACCCGAUGAGCCGCGCCGUCCCAUGGAAGGCCACGUCAAGGUAGUCAUUCAAAAACGCGAACGCUCCAACGAUCCGUCGCACGCGCCCGUGAUCUCAACGACCGUGGAUGGUUCCGCGGUGCGGGCAAAGCUUCACUCGAUGCGCAAACAACGCGGCCACAAAGACGACAAGCAUCCGUUGCACGUGGUCGUGCAUCCAUCCAAGGAAUUGACCCGUCGCCACCAGCGCAUGCCAACCCCACAAGCGAAAAAAACGACGAAAAGGACCGCACCACCGACAACAUCUGUACGGCCAUGGGUCUAGACAACGUCGAAGUAACUAACUCGGUGCACUCAACUGGUGCUUAUUCC